UGUGGAAAAAGCUAGAAGAGAUAUAUGCUUCAAAAUCUUUAACCAAUCAACUGUGUUUAAAAGUGGAGCUAUAUUAAUUGAAAAUGGUAGAAGGCACUAAUAUUCACAAGCACUUAUCUGAUUUCAAUAUGAUGGUGACACAAGUAGUGAAUGCUAGGGAUAUUCUAGAAGAAGAGGAGAAAGCUUUGCUUUUACUUGCAUCCCUACCUAAGUCUUACAAGUCCCUAGUGCAGAGUAUGCUGGUGGGGAAGACUACUAUGGUGAUGAAAGAUGUCACAACCAUCUUGUUGGAGAAUAAUAAGUUUCUCGAGGAGGAUGAUGGUGCCAAUCAAAAUAAUGCUUUGGUGGUGGAGCAAUCUCAGGGGAGAUCCUAUCGAUGUGGAAGAAAUCGAGAAAGGUCAAAAUCUAGAGCUAAGAAGGAUUAUGGUGAAGUGGAGUGUUUUUAUUGUGGUGAGUUGAGUUGCAAACAGUAUAAAUGCCCGAAGUUUAAGAAGGAUUUUUCUAAUAUGAAAAUAUUAAUGAAAAGUCAAAAAACCAAGGGAAAGGGGGAGGCUAAUAUUAUUGAAGGAAAUGUGGUUGAAGUAUUAGCUUAUGAAGAGUGUGAUCUUGAGGUGGAGCAAAACAGUCAACGAUGGAUUUUGGACUCUACUACAACCAUGCAUGUGUGCAAUAAUCCUUCUGAAUUUGUAAGUUUGGUUCAAGGGGAGCUUGGCAAAAUAACGGUGGCUACCGAUGAGAAGGUGAAUAUUGAAGGCAUAGAAGAUGUUCUUCUCAAUGUUCAUAAUGGGAGAGCAAAGAUUCUUAAGAAUCGAGAAUGGUUCAAGGUUUACAAAGGUAGAAGACUUGUUCUACACGGAAGGAAGAACAAGCACAACAUCUAUGUGCUUGAGCAACAUCCUGAGAGAGGGCUUAACAAGACCAUGAGGAAGAUGGUGUGGAAGCUUAAAGGGAUCUUGGUAGAUGGCAAGGAAAUUAAUAAAACCAAGAAGAAGGUGAGCUUCAACAAUGAACUCGUCUUUGAUGAUGGUUCAAGGAGAUGUGAUUCUUUCUCAGAUCAAAUCUUGGUUCAAAAUUAAUUUAUGUAGUGUACCUAGUGUAGGUUUGUCCUAUCCUAUACUAGGAGGAAACUCUCAAAAAUGGGACACCAUGAUGAAGUGUUCUUGAGCAGGGGGAGCUGAAUUAUGGUAAUGUUGACGUGUAUGGAGUCAUGGUUG